AGGAAGGGGCUCGGGCAUCGGGCUGGUAAAUAAACUCCGCGAUGAUUUCCCUCCCUUGCGCCGGCCCAGGUGCCCGCCGCUCUCCUGCCUCUCCGGUGCCGCCGGCGAGGAUGACCUGACGGGGGUGUGAUCGCAGCCCCCAUCCCACCUUUUCGCCCCCCUCCCUCCCUCUCUCUAUAUAUAUACAUCCGCGUGUGUAUAUAUAUAAAUACAUAAAGAAAUCGCUUUUGGGGGGGAGGGGCGGGGAGCUCGGAUCAUGGCCCUGGGGCUCCCGGGGCUUGCGCCGCGGAUCUGCAGCUCUCCUCCGGGGCCCGGCGGUGACCAUGGGGCUGAAGGCACGGCGCGGCGCAGCGGGCGGUAGCGCUGCCGGCGGGGCGGCGGCGGCGGCGGGGCGGCGGGCGGCGGCGGCGGGCGGCGGUGGCGACCCCGAGCAGGGCUCGCUGGCCCUGGGCACCGGUGCGGACCGCGACGGGACCCUGCUGCUGGAGGGCGGCGGGAAGGAGGAGGGAGGCAAGAGGAGCCCGCCGGGGCUGGGGCUGCUGGCGAAGACCCCCCUGAGCCGCCCGGUGAAGCGGAACCACGCCAAGUAUCGCCGCAUCCAAACUUUGAUCUACGACGCCCUGGAACGGCCCCGCGGCUGGGCGCUGCUCUAUCACGCCUUCGUGUUUCUGAUUGUCUUGGGGUGUUUGAUCUUAGCUGUCCUGACAACUUUCAAGGAGUAUGAAACUGUUUCAGGAGACUGGCUCCUCUUGCUGGAAACUUUUGCCAUUUUCAUCUUUGGAGCAGAGUUUGCCUUAAGAAUCUGGGCUGCUGGGUGUUGCUGUCGCUACAAAGGAUGGAGGGGGAGACUGAAAUUUGCCAGGAAGCCUUUGUGUAUGCUGGAUAUCUUCGUGCUGAUUGCUUCAGUGCCAGUGGUUGCGGUUGGGAACCAGGGCAAUGUUCUGGCCACAUCUCUCAGAAGCCUCCGCUUCCUUCAGAUCCUACGGAUGCUCCGAAUGGAUAGGCGGGGAGGCACAUGGAAACUUUUAGGAUCAGCAAUUUGUGCACAUAGCAAAGAGCUCAUCACUGCUUGGUACAUCGGGUUCCUGACGCUCAUCCUAUCCUCGUUUCUUGUUUAUCUGGUUGAAAAAGAUGUUCCUGAAAAGGAUGCUAAUGGGGUGGAGAUGAAGGAAGAGUUUGAAACUUAUGCAGAUGCACUGUGGUGGGGGCUGAUCACCCUUGCUACGAUUGGAUAUGGUGACAAGACCCCCAAAACAUGGGAGGGACGGCUGAUUGCAGCUACUUUCUCUCUUAUUGGAGUGUCUUUCUUUGCUCUUCCUGCAGGCAUUUUGGGCUCAGGACUGGCACUGAAGGUCCAAGAGCAACAUCGUCAAAAGCAUUUUGAGAAAAGAAGAAAGCCAGCAGCUGAACUCAUCCAGGCUGCCUGGAGAUACUAUGCCACUAACCCCAACAGGAUUGAUCUAGUUGCUACCUGGAGGUUUUAUGAAUCAAUUGUAUCAUUUCCAUUUUUUAGGAAAGAGCAAUUGGAUGGCACUGCCAGUAAUGUCAUGUUUAGUAGGGAGUCAUUCUUUGGAUCAAGCCUCACAAGAAAACUUAGCCAAAAGCUGGGUCUCUUGGAUCGGGUUCGUGGUACCAAUACUAAAGGAAAGCUAUUUACCCCUCUGAAUGUAGAUGCCAUUGAAGAAAGUCCUUCAAAAGAGCCUAAGAAUGUUGUCUUGAAUAAUAAGGAGCGUUUUCGCACUGCAUUCCGAAUGAAAGCGUACGCUUUUUGGCAAAGCUCAGAAGAUGCAGGAACAGGUGAAAACAUGGCAGAAGAGAGAGGCGAUGGUAGCGACUUCCUUAUGGAAGAUAUGAUUCCCACAUUCAAGACAGCCAUCCGAGCUGUCAGAAUACUCCAGUUUCGUCUGUAUAAAAAAAAAUUCAAGGAGACUUUGAGGCCUUAUGAUGUGAAGGAUGUGAUAGAGCAAUACUCAGCAGGGCAUCUUGAUAUGCUUUCCAGAAUAAAAUAUCUUCAGGCAAGAGUAGAUAUGAUUUUUACACCUGGACCUCCAUCUACUCCCAAGCAUAAGAAAUCCCAAAAAGGAGGAGCUUUUUCUUACCCUUCACAACAGUCUCCCAGAAAUGAUCCAUAUGUAGCCAAAGCAUCUACAGCAGAUACUGAAGACCAAAGUAUGAUGGGCAAAUUUGUUAAAGUUGAAAGACAGGUUAAUGACAUGGGGAAGAAACUGGAUUUUCUUGUUGAUAUGCAUAUGCAUCAUAUGGAACAGCUGCAAAUACAGGUCGCUGAGAUAAGUCCGUUGAAAGAAACUGCUUCUCCUGCAAAGGAGAGGAGAGAAGAAAACAAAUAUUCUGAAUUAAAAACAAUAAUAUAUAAAUACACUGAGCAGAGUGCUCAUGAAACUCCGUACAACUUCCAACAGGUUCCAGUCAACAAAGUCAGUCCCUAUGGUUUCUCAGCACAUGGUCAUAUGACUCAUUCGCAACCUGUAUCAAUAGGUGGGCAAAACUCUGGCAAACUGCAAGCCACACCUUCCUCAACUUCAUAUGCAGAAAGGCCAACAGUUCUGCCUAUAUUUACAUUAAUGGACUCCCAGGUUAGCUACCACUCUCAAGGAGACCUACAAAGCCCUUACUCAGAUAAGGUGUCUCCAAGGCAGAGAAGGAGCUUAACAAGAGACAGUGAUACUCCAUUGUCUCUUCUCUCUGUCAACCAUGAAGAACUUGAGCGCUCCCCAAGUGGCUUCAGUAUCUCCCAAGACAAAGAUGACUUCCCGUUUGGCCCCAACGGGGGAUCAGCAUGGAUGAGAGAGAAACGCUACCUAGCAGAGGGCGAAACGGACACAGACACCGACCCUUUCACACCAAGUGGCUCCAUGCCUUUGUCUUCUACAGGGGAUGGGAUUUCAGAUUCAAUAUGGACCCCUUCAAAUAAGCCAGUUUAAAAGCGUGUGUGGGGGCAGUCACUGGUUGACUUCUCCAUGUAAUGUAAGCAUACUUUGUAUAUCUCACUUACUCUACACCCAAAGCUUACUAGUUCAAAACACCAAUGGCUGCAUAAGAUGCAUGUGAUAUUAGUGGUAGUCAUUCUGCACCAUUUCAUACAAUUUACUAAUGCAGUUUUUUUCAUGCUACCAAAACUAAGGAGCUUAGUUUUGAGCAUGGUUUGCAUGACUUUACCCUAUAUAAAUGGUACAGCUGAUUUCUUCUAUGAUACAUAUCUAUCUGAUAUUCUUCAAUACAACAAUGGUGAUUUGAUAACAGGCAAGAUAUGGUGGUCCUUGCUUACAGUUUGCAAACAGAACAGCAAAGUAAAAAUAUUUUUAGGAGCAAUAUCCCUUUGUGGAAAUAUAAUAUCUGAAUCCAUUUCUGAUACAAGUAAAUCAAUCUCUAAUCAACCUAUCCAAGAACAUCUAAUAUUCAAAGCAGGGAUAAAGCUGAGUCAAAGUUAAUGACCUUAAUGAAAUGGGUUUGUGCACUGAAUGUUUCUCAUGAUCAUUUAUACAACUACCCAUGUAAUACAAUGUCAAAGUGAGAUUAAGGGUAGAAUUUAAAAUUAUUGAUGCCAUCUCCUGGGAUUGAUCAUGGGUAUUUAUUGUAAAAUGUAAAUAUAAAUCUCUUAAACUACUUCGAAAAUCUUCAUUAGUGUUUAUAAAAUCCAUGAAUGUCUGCCAUCUUUGGGAUCAAUGUACAAAUAGAUAAAUACCAUUUUGUCUCCUGUCCCUGAGCAACACAGAGAUAAGUAUACUCCCUAGGGCCUCGUCCAAAUAUUUUUUCAUGGGAACUAGAAAUUGUGCUGAAAGAGAGCAGGAAAGCAAUGUAACCCACUGAUAACAGGGCAGAAGUGAAUCCAAGAUCUGACCACUACAAUGGGAAUGUAGUAUCUAUACAGCUAGUAAAACUAGCCUGUCCAAAUAACCUAUGCAGGACUUAUCUGGUGUCAGUCCAGAUGUGCAUGAAGUAGUGUCCAUUUGAUGUCAAGUUUGAUGGCUACCAACUCUUUACAGCUAAUGGAAAGCUAAUCAGUACGGUGGUGAGUACAGUGUACAAGAACCAAGGCACACAUCAGCUGUAGGAUGAGAUUAAUCUCAUCUUUAACUCAAUUAUCUACAAUGACCAA